AUGACUCAGGCCGAGGGGACUGAGUCCGCGCAACGAUCCGUAUCCGUGAAAAAAGGCCUUGGCUAUAAUGAUUGGCUAUUUACCAAUCAGUCGCUCUACGCAAACGCCAAAGAAACAGGCCAGCCCUCACGUAUAAUGUUUACCAUCGCCCAGGGAAUAUUUUGCGAGUUGCCUUCAAGCGAAGUCCAUACCAGCGAGAUACCCGCCGCGAAGAUGGUCUACGAAACUCUUCUAGUUCAAGUUGGAGAGCUGCCUCCAAUGGAACUAAACCUGAUCAUCUCUCGAGGUGACAAUAUCUAUUUUGAUGACUGCGACGUCUUCAAUCGUCAGCAUUCCAGAUGUCGGGUUGGUCGGUAUCGUAUCGAUCCGGAUCUAGGGUCACCAGUCAACCUCAGCAUCGCUAAAGGAUGGCUUGAUGACUGUAGGGAAAACCAUGACGAAUGCCGCCCCAUCAAAUCUUCAAGUCUUCUAACACGUGUCCUAGAUGUCACAGUAUCAGAAGGCUCGCAUACUUGCCGACUGGUAGAAACAAGCAACCAACAAGGCAAUUAUGUGGCUCUUAGUCACUGCUGGGGAGACAAGAUCAAAGAACGUCUCACCACUGAAACUCUGUCCACCUUUCUUUGCUCUAUCCAAAUCGCUAAGUUGCCUGCCAAUUCCGAGACGCCAUCUAUCAAAGAAGACUGGGCAUCCGAGUCAGAAAAGAUGGGCUUGAUUUAUCAGCACUCCACGUUAACGAUCUUCGCUAUGACAUCUAAAGGAAGUGAAGAGGGCUUCCUUAAGAGAGCAGAUUCGCCGUACCCAAAUCCCACAACCCUCAAGGUAUCCUCAGCCACUGAUAGUCAGACUUCGGUAUUAGUGGCAGGGAGGGACGCUACGGAAGAAAACUUUACGACGCUAAGAUCUAGCUCAGCGCUAAGCAAGCGCGGCUGGGCAUUCCAGGAAGUCAUUCUGUCCAACCGAUCACUAUUCUUUGGCGAUCGGCAGCUGUACUGGCAGUGCCGUAAGGAACUUGAUAGCCUUGAGGGACUGUAUCCUUUCCCGAGCAGGUACGACGCGGACAUUGGGGUAACCGUGCCUCAGACCGAUGGACAACCCGAGAGAAUUGAUGAUGGGUCCGCUAAGUUGGAUUUUUAUACCCUCGCCUCCAAGUACAACUCGAGAGCCCUAACAUACAGCUCGGACAAACUACCCGCGUUUUCGGGCCUGGCGCAGAAAUUUCAGCAUGUAUUUGGUGGCGAAUACCUUGCUGGCCUUUGGAGCAGCGACUUUCCCCGUGGGCUCCUUUGGUACCCUGAUGAAAUCUCGCCGUCAGCCGCACAGCCUAAUGGCCUGCCGUCAUGGUCAUGGGCUUCAACGAAUAAAAGUGUGCUUUUCGUUACGUCUCAGCCUCAGGUCUUCCUCAAGCUUCAUUGCUCUGACGUUAGACCUCGCAACAUCCAAAAUCGCUAUGGAGAGAUCAAAUCCGAAAGUGACGCUACCAGGACUUCUGCUACCGUUGUCGGCAUGACUAUGCCUUUAGCCAGAGGAAACAGGGUUCCAGAUCCUCAUGAUCAAAAGCCUACCAUACUUUGCCAUGUUAGUUUCGACGUGCUGGAAAAACUGGAGGGUCAGGGGUUCAAUUAUGGACGGUUAGGUAUACGCAUGGCAAUUAUUGAUGGCUCUUUCAUGCUAUCCCCCCUGUACCUAGAGGAAGAGGAAGGGAAACGGGAACGGAAAGAUGCGUUAGAUGUGUACACGAGAUUACGGUGCAACUGCCUUGCUCUUGCUGGCCUGCUGCUUUCUUAG